AUGUCGGCACAGCCAGAAGAAGUCAAGGUCGCCCCAUCAGGGGAUGUCGUCCAACACGUCGAAUCGGGUCAUAAGAGCUCUGACGCGCCCAUCAAGACCGCUGCCCCCGUCUUAAAGUCGACCAAUGACGAGUUGAGCAUGUGGGAUACAGCCGUCCUCAUCUGCAAUAUGAUGUGCAUCGCAGCCGCGGCUGACGGGUAUCAAAUCAACCUAAAUGGCGGCAUCAUUGCCAACCAAGGAUUUACCAAUCACGUUGGAUUCCGCAACGAGGCCGGUGUGUAUACGCUCAGAGCAGAGAAUACAGCCCUCUGGGGUGCCAUGCAGUCCUUGGGUCAACUCAUCGGCCAGGUGCUCCUCAACCCCAUUUCCGACCGCCUCGGUCGAAAGCGAACCCUGUACUGUUUGUGGAUAAUCCUCGCGGGGUCUCUCAUCAUCGAGACUCUCGUUCGCGACUGGAGAGACUGGGCCGGCGCCAAGGUUCUUGCUGGUGUAGGCGUCGGCGCCAUCCAGGCGACCCUGCCUAUAUACGUCUACGAGUGGUCUCCCGUCAACAUUCGCGGCGCCAUGGUGGUUACGUACGGAUUUUGGAACACCAUUGGCAAGUUCCUAGCCAACCUCGUCCUCAUGGUAUGCCAGCAGACCGAUCCGCUUGACUACAAGGUUCCCAUCCUAACUCAAUGGGGGUUUCUCGGGGUGAUGUUGCCGGUCUUCCUUUGGCUCCCAGAGACGGCAGCCUAUUUCGCCGCGAAAGGCCGGGAUGAGGACGGUAAAGCCACCCUGCGUAGGGUGAACGGCUCAGUCCAAGGCUACGACGUCGAGGUCGAAUACGCUAUUAUCAAGAACACCAUCCUGGAAGAGCGCAGACAGCAGUUGGAGGAGAACGGAGACACGUCGGGUCAGGGUUUCAAAGAGGUUCUAGACUCGUACGUGGAGUGCUUCCGUGGCACGAAUUUCCGCCGCACCAUUGGCGCUGCCCUGCCGUCAUGCUCUCAGCAGCUCUCAGGUCUCUCUUUCCUCAACGUCUAUGCGAGCCUAUUCUUCAAGCAGAGCGGCUUUACUAAUGCUUUCCUCAUUACUACGAUUCAAUGCUGCAUCCAGCUCUUUGCCGCCUUCUGUCUCAUGCUAGGUUCCGAUAAGAUUGGUAGGCGACUGCUCGUCCUCAUCGCCAUGGGGUUUUGCAUGGGCGCCUUGCUCGUUGUGGGCAUUCUGGGCCUCGUGCCCCGAACUCAGGCCCUAAUGAACUUUCUCAUUUUUGUUGCUUGUGUUUGGUCCUUCUUCAACAGCAUUGUGGGAAGCCUCGGCGGUGCCUUUUCGGGUGAGGUCGGCGCACAGAGGCUUCGAGCUCGAACCGCCGGUAUUGCUCAGGGGUUGGCGGUGAUCUUUGGUCUCAUAUUCAACACGACUGUCCCACUCAUGCUCGACGUUAACGGUGCCAACUGGGGCUACAAGACGGCCUGGCUCUUCUUUGGCACCGGCUCAGCCGUCUGCGUCGUCCUCUGGUUCAUGCUUCCCGAGUGCGCCAGACGCAACGCGGCGGAGAUUGAUGAAAUGUACGAGAAGGGCGUGUUGCCGAGAAAGAUGGGCAAGUAUGUCACGGAGGCUCAGUUGAUGAACGUUGGUGUCGUUGGCCAGUAA